CAACACAUUUUAUCUCGCCCCUUCCAAACCAGUUCAUCUGGUUAAAGUUUCCUUUUUUUUUUCCCCCCCGUUCUUCACUUGAACCCUCCCUUCCCUGAAACCUAAUUACCAGGUUUCAGUAAAAUUUUAGAAAAAUAUACAGUAGGGAGGAAAUCAAAGUGAAGCAAAAAAAAAAAAAUUAAAAAAAAUUUAAAAUAAGAAAAAUAAAUAAAUAUAUCAAUGGGCGCAGCCAAGAUUGCGGUUCCUAUAGUGUCGCUGUUGCUGGUGGUGGGAGUGGUGAUCGGAGUAGUGGUGGUAAUAAAAAGCAACGGCGAUGAAGCCCAAGAAGCCAAGAACUUCAAGUUGCCGUCGAUGAAGAUGGUCACCUCCAUUUGCGGCCCAACCGAUUACAAGGAAGCCUGCGAGGCCACCCUCCAAUCCAUUGCCAAGAACGCUUCCGCCACGGCCAAUGACUACGUCCGCGCCGUGGUGGAGGCGGCGCUCAAGGAGGUGAACAACGCGCUGGCCGCCACCGGCAAAAUCUCCGUGGACAAGGACAAGGACAAGUACAACCACGUGGCGGUGGAGGACUGCAAGCAUCUCCUGGACUACGCCGUGGACAUGCUCCAGGCGUCCAUCUCGGCGGCGGAAGGCGGCGCCGGUGAUCUUCAUGAGCGGCAGCACGAGCUGCUGAGCUGGAUGACCGCUGUUUACGCGUUCCAGACGACCUGCACGGACCAGAUCGAGAACCCCGAGUACAAGGCCGCCGUGCAGAGCGGGAUGGUGAACGCCACGCAGCUGACGCACAACGCCGUCAACAUCAUGGCCGAGCUGUCGGAGAUGCUCAAGCUCUUCAACGUCAAGCUCCCUAAUGCCGGCUCCACAUUGAGCCAGCGGCGCCUGCUGGCGCUGGAAGAGGGCUUCCCCUACUGGUUUGGGGCGGCGGAGCGGAAGCUUCUGGCCAAGCAUUCCGGCGGGCAGCUGGUGCCCGAUGUGGUGGUGGCCAAGGACGGCAGCGGCAAGUUCAAGACCAUCAGCGAAGCUCUCAAUGCUUACCCGCCCAAAUUCAAGGGCAGAUUCGUCAUCCACGUCAAGGCCGGCGUCUACAACGAGCAGGUCAUCGUGGACAAGAAGAAGCCUAAUGUCUUCAUCUACGGAGACGGCAUUGCCAAGACCAUUGUGACGGGCAGCAAGAACUACGGCAUCAUGAACAUCGGAACAAUGCACACCGCUACAUUCGCAAACGAGGCCUCCGGAUUCAUUGCGCGGGGAAUGAGCUUCCGCAACGAGGCCGGGCCGCAGGGGCACCAAGCGGUGGCGUUCCGGUCGCAGGGGGACAAGACGGCGUUGUUCGACUGCAGCUUCGAGGGGUCGCAGGACACUCUGUACUACCAGAACCUGAAGCAGUUCUACCGCAACUGCCGCAUCUACGGCACCGUGGACUUCAUCUUCGGCAAGGGCGACUGCGUCAUCCAGGACAGCCAGAUCAUCGUCAGGAAGCCCCUCCCCAACCAGUUUAACACUGUCACUGCCGACGGCAGGGAGAUCAAGCGCGGCAGCAACGGCCUCGUCCUCCACCACUGCUCCAUCGUCCCCGACGACUAUCUGUGGCCGGUCAGGUUCCAGAUCCCCACCUUCCUCGGCCGCCCCUGGAAGCCCGAGGCGCUCACCGUCGUCAUGCAGAGCACUCUCGGGGACUUCAUCAGGCCCGAGGGCUGGAAGAUUUGGGACGGCUCCACCAACCACCACACCUGCACCAUGUAUGAGCACGGAAACACCGGCCCCGGAGCCAAUACCAAUCGCCGCACCAAGGAAUUCAAGCGUUUCAAGGUCAUUACCGCCGCUGAAGCUGCCAAAUUCACCGUCGGCCACUUCCUCGCCGCCGGAGAAUGGCUGCCGCAGACCGGCGUCCCUGUGCAGAUGGGCUUGUAUUGAUGCUAUUGGGAUACUAUAUCAAUGCAAUCUUGCUUCUAACUACCUAAUUA